UAACUACCCAGAGAGCGUCCGACUCGGGUCUAGUCCCAGAACACGUGUCUCCAACUAGUGCCUGAGGCAUCAACAACCACACCGGUGGCUGGUCCUCGGGCCCUCAGGCUCUCAGGCGUCCAUUCUCCAGCCACGAGCCGGUGGCGCAAGCCCGGAGCUCCAGAGGCUCAGCAGCUUCCCUUCUCUCCUCUCCAUCGUCAUCAACGUCUUGUUGCUCUGCUCUCUGCUUCCGUUCUCCUCCCUCUCUUCAUCCGCAUCCGCAUCCCAAUCCCCCCUGUGAUCUCCUGUUACUCUCCUUCCAUCCCAUCCCAUAGUUCCCAUCUUCUCUGCUGGUAACAGCUCGUCCGCGUUCGUUCUGUUUCCGCCAUGCCUGCCACCACGGCGGACACCCUGUCCCUCGUCCAGCGGACCGUCACCGUUGCUCCAUUAGUUCUCCUCUCUGUCGCAGAUCACUACGGUCGCUCGGCCAAGGGCACUCGGAAACGUGUGGUUGGUGUCUUGCUGGGAGAGAACUCCGGCCAGAAUGUCCGGGUGUCCAACAGCUUCGCCGUGCCCUUCGAGGAGGACGAGAAGGACCCGUCCGUGUGGUUCUUGGAUCACAACUUUGUCGAGUCGAUGAGGGAUAUGUUCAAGAAGAUCAACGCUCGCGAGAAGCUGGUUGGAUGGUAUCACUCGGGCCCGAAGUUACGGGCUUCUGACCUCGAAAUCAACGAACUCUUCAAAAGAUACACGCCAAACCCCUUGCUGGUGAUUGUGGACGUCCAACCAAAGGAAGUUGGCGUCCCUACAGACGCCUACUUUGCCGUCGAUGAGAUCAAGGAUGAUGGCACCACGACAUCCAAGACUUUCGUCCAUACCCCGUCCAUAAUCGAAGCAGAAGAGGCAGAGGAGAUCGGAGUGGAGCACCUUCUCCGGGAUAUCAGGGACGUCGCUGUCGGAACCCUCUCCACCCGCAUCACAUCGCAACUGCAGUCACUGCAAGGCCUGCAUCUACGUUUGCGGGACAUUGGGCAAUAUCUGCAGAAAGUCCUCGACCACGAGCUACCGGUCAACCACGCUAUCUUGGGUAACCUUCAAGAUGUGUUCAACCUCCUUCCCAACCUUUCCACACCGGCCGCGACGCCGCGGAUCAGUGGUGGGCCAGAGCAGCCAACGGAGAACAGCGAUCUGGCGCGAGCCAUGAGCAUCAAGACCAAUGACCAAUUAAUGGCGAUCUACUUGAGUAGCUUAAUCCGGGCCAUCACCGCGUUCCAUGAUUUGAUCGAGAACAAGAUUCAGAACCGGCAACAGCAAGAAGAGACCGAGUUGAAGAGGGAGCAGGAGGCCAAUGCGGCCAAGAAUGAGAAGGAGGCCGCGAAGAAAGCCAACGGCGCUAUCAACGGGGAGCAGAAGGAGGACCAGGAUGGAUCCAAGGACAAGUCCAAGAAAAAGGGACAACGGGGCGACUAGGUGAGCCAGAGGCUCAAUGCGAUAUGAUCAUUCUAGACCAAUUCAGUCUCUGCAUCGAAAUGUACAUUACGGUAAUUUCUAUGCGACUACUAGGUAUAGCUGCCUGGAAACUUGUACGUUGGGGAUAUCCAUGGCGGUAGUAUUCCGUCAAAGUCCUCCGAGGUGAGAACCGAUGGAAAUAAUAUACCUGGGAUCUUAGGAAUCCCAGACGCCCGCAAAUCCGCCAUUGGUGCACAUCCUCACGCCAAACUCGUAUUUCGUUGCUUUCAAUCAU